AUGUCAUCUCGCAAUCAGGUAGCUCUGGUAACUGGGGCUAACAAGGGCAUCGGCUUUGCCAUCACACGUGACCUGUGUCAGAAGUUCUCCGGGGACGUGGUGCUCACGGCGCGGAACCAGGCGCGGGGCCAGGCGGCGGUGCAGCAGCUGCAGGCGGAGGGCCUGAGCCCGCGCUUCCACCAGCUGGACAUCGAUGACCCGCAGAGCAUCCGCGCCCUGCGCGACUUUCUGCUUGAGGAGUACGGGGGACUGGACGUGCUGGUCAACAACGCGGGCAUUAGCACUAAAGGCACUGAUCUGACCCACUUUUACAUUCAAGCAGAAGCAGCAAUGAAAACAAACUUUUUUGGUACCCAGGCUGUCUGCAUGGCGCUACUUCCUCUAAUAAAACCCCAAGGCAGAGUGGUGAACAUGUCGAGCAUGGUGAGCCUCAGGGCCCUGAAAAACUGCAGCCCAGAGCUGCAGCAGAAGUUUCGCAGUGAGACCAUCACAGAGGAGGAGCUGGUGGGGCUCAUGAACAAGUUUGUGGAAGACACGAAGAAAGGAGUGCAUGAGAAAGAAGGCUGGCCGGACAGUGCAUAUGCGGUGACCAAGAUCGGGGUGACCGUCCUGUCCAGAAUCCACGCCCGGAAACUCAGCGAGCAGAGGAGAGGGGACAAGAUCCUCCUCAAUGCCUGUUGCCCCGGGUGGGUGAGAACCGACAUGGCGGGACCAACAGCCACCAAGAGCCCUGAAGAAGGAGCAGAGACCCCCGUGUACUUGGCCCUUUUGCCGCCAGAUGCAGAGGGACCCCACGGGCAGUUUGUUCAGGAGAAAAAAGUUGAGCCGUGGUGAACUCAACUCUCACCUCUU